AUGGCGUCUUCAUUGCGGAAUGGGUUGGUGACCGAGAAUAAGGAUUCCAAUCUCUCCACCGUCCACACCAAAGCUAUAUUCGAUCGCUUUCUGCUCAAGGCCUUUACGUCAGAGGCCUAUCAACAACGUCGUGUGCUUGGAGUAAGGGGCGAUCCAACGGCGAUCAAGGGCAUUUCAUACUGUCCUCCUGGUUUUGCCGUAGAGGAACAAAGCAAGGACGAAGUUAUAUUUCGCGAGGGAAAUUCGCCGUUACGGAUGUACUACGGAGUGAUAGAGCACAAACCACAAUUUGUGGGGUUUCCGCAUCAGGUUGCCUUUAACAUCGCAGUCGCCCUCGAUGUCAAAGAGGCUUCAAUAGGGGACAAACUGCGGUUUUUGUUUGACUCUUGGGUGGCUCGAAGGUAUCUGAGUGACGCUGUCAGAACAACCAGCAAAAAGGACAAAGCACAAUUUGUUUUUGAUUCUGAAGGGUCCACGUGA